ACAAACACAUUGCGAGCAACGAGAUUACGGCAGACUUGAUCAUGGUGUCCUUUAACUGCAACAUGGAUAGUAUAAGAGUUACUGCCGUGCAUGGAGUUCAGUCAGAUCCCCGAACCUCUUACAGAGACUUCAGCAUCCACAAUGAUGCCAUUCUGCCAGUGGAAUGGAUGCGGCAUUCUCCUCCAGGACAACGCUGCGGGCGGUUGUACCCGCCACCUUAAGGACUUCCACUUGCAGCCUUGGAACGGUACCAUGACAGCAAGGUGCCUCUGGCUCGUCCAUCGCCCGGCCCCUCCUCCUGGCAUCCCGCCUCCGCCGCACCACAACUUCUGCUAUAGGCAGAUCAAGUACGCCAAUUUCGGGAAGCACAUUGCUUCCGUGCACUUCCGGUCCACCGUGCGCUUCUGCCCGGAUUGCCAUGCCUCGUUCUCCAGACGUGAUGCGCUCAGGAGACACGAGGCGUCGGGUGUUUGUCCCGGGCCAAACCAGGCUGGCGGUGUUCCCCAACAGUGAAUGUUAUGGUAACACAACUCCGUAUCUCGCGUCCCCUUUGUGUUCUCUUCGCCGGCUAGUUGGGACCAGAUUAUUGCUGCUGGCCAGCACUCUGUGACCUUGUUCGAGCACGUUAUUGCACAGUGCAUGUUCACGUUCCAUGUGCAGUAUUUUAAUGUCGACGUUGAUCGUGAGUUAUCUCCAGGUGACGGACAGUCUGAGGAACUCGAAGGUCAUCGGGCGACAGUUGGCCGCAUCCAAUGCUCUAUAAUGCUCGAUUUC